CGUUACAUUUUAAAAUGUUCCACUGUUCCAUCAGGCGUUCCACCCAACAAAGCAUCGUUCAUUGAUGACCUGGUGAUAAUGCUGCCACAGAACGUGUGGGAUCACCUCUACAGCAGGUAUGGAGGAGGACCAGCUGUCAACCACCUGUACGUUUGCCACACGUGCCAGGUUGAGAUAGAAAAACUGGAGAAACGGCGCAAGUCGGAGCUGGACAUGUUUGUCCGGUUGAACAAGGCGUUCCAGGAGGAGGAGUCUCCAGUGGUCAUAUACUGCAUCAGCAUGCAGUGGUUCCGCGAGUGGGAGGGCUUUGUCAAAGGAAAAGACAAUGAUCCACCGGGACCCAUUGAUAAUUCCAAGAUAACAGUAAACAAGAACGGCCAUUUAACACUCAAACAAGGAGCGGAUUCGGGGCAGAUCUCCGAAGAGACGUGGAACUUCCUCCACUCCAUCUAUGGCGGGGGUCCGCUGGUGACGGUGCGGCCAAACGUAACGCACCAGGAAGCCGAAUCGUCGCAGUCGGAGGAGAAGAUCGAGGUGGAGACGCGCUCUGUUUAAUCAAGCACUUGGGAGCAAACAGUGGAAAACAUUCGAGAAAAUUAAAGCCUGUUUAUUUUGCACUUGACUUUUAUUUUCAAAAGCAUUGAAGCAAAGGACCUCACCUUUACGGCCACAUGAAAGCCUUUGACACCCUGACAUGGAUGGAAAUAACAUGUCUAAGAAAAAGCUUUGUCAUUUUGUACAAAUAUGUAUAAAGAGCUCUUUGAUUUCUAUUAGCACUGUAGUAUUCAUGUGUCAGGUUGUUUUCAGAACUGAGCAUUUUAAAGUAUGUGCAGCUAAAAAUUCCACUGAAUGCCAUAUGUCCUUUUUCUCUUCUUGACCAAAUGAGCACAUAUUGUUUGUCCAAGUGUCUUGACGGAUCAUUAUACAUUUUGCUGUACAUAUAUCUCACAUUUUUCCUGUUGUGUAAGAGAAUAUUGUUGAAUGAAUGGCGAGGCGAGCAAAAAUGUGACAAUUACCAUGAAGAAAAUCAUAAGGUGAUGAAGGGACUAAAUACCGACUAGUCUCAGGUAUGAAUUUUGUGUUUUGCACUGUUCUGUAUGCAAACGAAUUGGCAUGAUCCCGCAAAUGUCUGGUUUGUAUUUGAAUGUACCAGUACUGAUGGUGACAGUGUGUCGAUCAGGAUUCAGCACUUGGUUAUUUAUCAGAGAAGGGAGUGAUUUAUUAUGAUGUUGAUAGAUUCUUCUCUUUUGUUUUUGUAGGAAAAUAAGCGGCAGGCGGUGUCUGUUAAGAAUGCAUGCUUUAACACUCAAGCCCAGUUUAACAUCACAUGUAACUGCAUGUUGCUGCUCAUGAAAUGUGCACGGUACUCCCGAUCUGGAUCUGUCUUCACCGAAUCAGCCAGAGGAAUCAUAUUGCAGCACAUAAUCCACAUCACGGCCACCAUCAGCAGCAGCAAUCUGAUUAACUAAAGGCAUUAUUUUUGUGUGUGGGCAUGGCUGUUGCUUCAUGUGUUGGCUGAUAGGGUGCAAACAGAAUGCUGUACUGUAAGUUUGUGCAUAUAAUGGACGUCACUUGAGUAAGAGCCACCCUGAUUUUUGCUGACACUAUUAAAAACUUAAUGAAAACA